AUACGUCGGCGAUUCCCUUCGCAGCGUAUUUUCGUUGUGCGCGCCUGCCCGUCAUCAUCGAUCGCCGCUGCAGCCGACCCACCGCCACCGCCGCCGCCGCCGCCGAUACCAUUUUCACCGGUCCCGCGAAAGCUGACUGUCGCGCGCGUACGUCAGUCUCAGUCAUCGCCCGAUUAACCACGAGUACACCACCCGACUUGCAGUUUACCCGGUUACCGAUUCGGGUCAAUCGCAUCCCUCGGCCGGUCGCGCCCCACUUUCCGUGAACAGACGCGCUCCGUUCCGCCGACCUACCCCGGAACCGCGCGGUCGCCGCCAUGGUCAAGCACAACACGGACACGAACGGCAUUGGGUACGAAUGGGAGUACGCCAAGGUGAAGGAUGACCGGACGAUAUGGCAGAAGAUCAUCAUGGGCAUUUACAACCCGAGCUCGCACGAGUUUCUCGGCCGGUCCGCCAAGAGUUGGGGAGGAAUUUUGCUCUUUUAUGCCGUGUUUUAUUCAAGUUUGGCAUGUAUGUUCGCCAUAUGCAUGAAAGUCCUACUAUCUACGUUGAACGACCAUACACCUCAUUUCACAUUGACCAGCUCGAUAAUCGGCACAAACCCUGGACUAGGAUUUCGACCCAUGUCUCCGAACGUCGAAGAUGGAUCACUAAUUUACUACGCAGCGGAUAACGCAACUAAUGUAGAAGCAUGGACUAAUGAAUUAGAUAAGUUCCUAGCUGUGUAUAAGAACAAGACACUGUUGCCAGACAAAGGUAAUAACCAACAAAAAUGUGGUUAUAAUAUUCCACCACAAAAGGACAAGGUUUGCGAGGUCAGCCUGGCAAACAUGGGACCAUGCUCAUCUGAAUACAAAUAUCAAUAUCCAAAAGCUCAGCCCUGCGUUUUCAUUAAGCUCAAUAAGAUUUUCGACUGGGAACCAGAAUUCUAUAAUAACAAGACAGACAUUCCAGCUGACAUGCCACAAGAACUUAAAGAUAAAAUUGCGCAAAGAAUGAAACAUGAGUUAUUUACAAUAUGGGUCACCUGCGACGGAGAAGCGCCAGCAGACAAAGAUAAUAUUGGACCUCUAAAGUUAUAUCCACAGGACGGAUUUCCUGGCUACUACUACCCGUACAGAAACAAGCGUGACUACCUUAGCCCAUUAAUCGCCAUACAUUUCCUAAAUCCAAAAAGACAUACUUUAAUCAACGUGGAAUGCCGUGCCUGGGCCAAGAACAUAUUUUACAAACGUAGCUUACAAAACCGUGAAGGUUCCGUUCACUUCGAGUUGAUGAUUGACUAAAGUUGCAGACUUUUAGUCGAUGAUAACGCCGCUAAACCAUUCGCUUUGUUCUCAGUUUUUUGAUGCAUCACAAAACACAGAACAUAGCCAGUUUAUUUUUAGUACUAUAUCGUUGUAUUGUUAAUUGGUUUAAGUGAAAUCCCAACAAAACGCGUUUACUCCUUUUAUAAAAAAUAAUAAUAACGUUAGGUAAUUUUUUUUUUUUGUUUGGCUUAGGAAUAUGUCUUAAAGUUAAACAUACAUUUAUAUAUAUAUAUUAUAUAUAUUAAUAUUAAUAAAUAAAAUAAGAGCACAGAAAAGUUAAUUAAUAAACUUAUAAUUCAAGCUUAAAAAAUGCUGUGCAAAUUCACAGUUAUACGAUAUGUAUUCAUCUGACGACUUCAAUGAUUAUCACUGCCUAUAACUUUUUUUUAUCAUACUCCGUAAAUAGGUGUAGGUACCUAUAGUGAUUUUUACCAUAAAUAAUUUAGUUGGCUCGUUUAAUUCAUUCGGCUUGUUUUUAUAAGCAAAUUCGGAUACAACCAAUGCAAGGUAGGCAAUCUAAUGAUAAGACGUAGGAACACAAAACCCACAUUUUUCAUCUAAAAAAAAAAUUAAAUAAAUAAUUAUAAUUAUGUCGUUUGAAAACUAUUUACACACCGUCGUCAGUCUAAAGUUUCCACUUUAAAUAUAGCCGUCACCAUAUGCGGAUAUUUGGAAUUUUUAGGGAGGGGUGGACUAUUAUUAUUAUUAUAUAUUUUAGCAUUAUUUAAAGUAAAAGAGCUCGCAUUCUUAUUACAAUUUAUAUGGUUCAUGGAUAAUGUAUAUUUGAAGUUAGGGGAAUAUUGGAAUUUUUGGAGAGCUAAGUCCCCGGAUGCUCCUACAUUGAUGUCCACUUAUGGCUAUCACGUUUAAAAUAAGUAAGAUCGUUUUUUAUUUUUAUCAUUUUAUGCAAAAAGUUAACUGCAAUACAGGAUACCUAGUUGCAAUAUUUCAGGUUUAAUGGGGAGCAAUAUUUUUACCAAGUCUUUUGCAAAAAUGAUAAAAUAUUAUGUUUGUCCCACCCACGUUUUUGAUUUUCAAUAUAUAGGUAUUUUGUAUCACCGACUUUCAUUGCGACCGUUGGAUAUUUGCCUAUCAAAUGACUACAUAACGUAAACAUAUUUUAAUACCAAUUACAACAACUACAGCCAAUAAUAUUAAGAAUAGCAUUUUAAUACGGGUAAAAUAAUAUUAAAUUAUAUAAAAACAUUUUUUUUUCUUACGGAGAGACGCCGGAGUCUGACCAGUCAAUCCUAAAGAUUCGCACUGCAGGCCUAAAAAAAAAUAACACGGUCAAAUCCACCCCUUCUCCCAAAAUGACGUGAUGAAAUGUACCUACCCCGUACUCUGAGUUUCUUGUCUAGGUAUUUUUUCAUCUUUAUAUCCCAUCAGUCUCAUCUCGCGCACAGUCGCGUGUCUUAUGUCUAUAUGAAACUCGUAAGUAGAGUCUAUGCACGUCUUGAGUUUUAAAACGUUUUAAUGUUUUAGUGUCAGUAUGACUAAAUACAUAAUAUUAUGCUUUUUUUUCUCCCCUCCUGUAGUCGAGUGAAAAAGUCAUAGAAAUACGCGACAACAUAGUAUUGUAAAAAAGUUUUAUAAUUUGCGAUUUAUAAUAAAAUAUUAUAUUAUUUAUGUGUAAACAUAAAUUUAUACUUUUAGAUUAGAUUCAGUAGGAUUCAUUAAUACAUCCAUUUCACAACUCCAUCGAUACAUAUUAAUAAUUAUAGGCAGUGUUGGGUUGAAUGACUUUUUUAAAGUAAUUUCGUUACGGAAAUUUGUAAUUUACGUUACGUGUUGUAUUACGUACUUAAGGUAGGUAUAUCCAACUCUGAUUAUGGGUAGGUACUAUGGAACAGAAUAAUCGCAUUUGAGAAAAUUACUAAUUACCUAUAAAAUAUUAUUAUUUUUAAUAAACAUAUAUAGGUACUUGCCUAUUUAAUCGUAAUAUUUUUUAAGCAAUCGUCGUAAUGAUGUAAUAACCAAAUUUAAUAUUGAUUCUCGUAAUUAUUAUACAUACAUUCGACACUAGAUUAAAGUUUAUAGCUAUUACAUAUAUAUAUAUAUAUUAUUACAUUAAGGAAGUUAUUGAUUAUUUAAAAUUUUAAUAUGUUGAUGUAGAGAGCUAAGUAAAAUUGGAUAUUCUAGUGGAAUAUAGAGUGUUUUAAAUCGUAUAAUUGUUACACCCGUUUUGUUUUACGCGGUCGAAAGGAAUAUUAUAAUAUGUAAUUUUUAGGUACUUAUCAAUUAUGUAAGUGUAUAAUGUGUAUGUAAUAGUAGUGCGGUGGGCUGUGGUUGAUGAUUUUAUUAUUAUAUAUGUAAACGGAAUCAUAUAGAUUAUAGAACUCGUUAAUGUAGAUGUUCA